UGGCACUAUAUAAACGUUUCCAUUGUAACCUAAUGAAAAUGUAUCUAGCCUAGUUUACAAAACGCAAUAUUAUAUACUGUAAUAGUCAUAGACAUAUCUAGGGUCUAGAUAUCUCAGUCGGCUAUUUUCCGUGAACAUACAGCAACAAUUAUUGAUUCUUCCACUAAUGCUCGAGAAGAGGAACAGGCACCUGGACGCUCCGUGCGCUUUGGUUCCAUGAUGGAUUAUUGCUGUUCAUUACCACCCAGGGCGCGCUCCGUACGCUUCGACCAAGCAAGACAUAAGACAAAGAAGGGAGUUCGCCGAACAGAUUGAACCAACCUCUGAAGGGGGGGGAGGGGGAGGGGGAUUGAGUAAACGGAGAGAACCAGGUAACGGUACCCAACCUGAGAGACGAAAUGCAAAGGAAAACCAGAGUAGCUGCAAAUAGUUUAUUUUCACAGGGUCAGCAGAGAACUAAAUAGUAACGUUAUCUAUUUUUUUUCUGUAAGUAUCGACUACUAUAGCAAACAAUUACAUCUGAAAUGGACCGUACAAUUGCAGACUUCUCUGGGACGUGGAAAAUGAAGACUUCUGAAAACUUUGAAGAGCUCCUGAAAGCAUUGGGUGUGAACGUGUUUGUCAGGAAGAUAGCCAUGGCUGCAGCCUCCAGGCCUGCAGUAGAGAUCACCCAGCAGGGAGAGAGCCUCUCCAUCCAGACCUCCACCAGCGUACGCACCACCCAUGUCUCCUUCACCGUGGGACAGUCCUUCAAUGAGACCACAGUGGACGGACGCCUCUGCACGAGUACCCCUCGCUGGGAGACAGAUAGCAAGAUCAGCUGUGAGCAGAUUUUGCAGAAAGGGGAGGGCCCUAAGACUGCCUGGACCCGUGAAGUGACCAAUGAUGGUGAACUGAUUUUGAUAAUGAGCGCCGGGGAUGUCCUGUGCACCAGAGUGUAUCAACGAGAAUGAAAACUUUCAAGACUGUCAAACUUUUCACUUUGUGCCUCUUUUUUCACAUUUCUUAAUUUCUACCUGUUCCGUUCGCUUAUUUAAUCUUCCAGUCAUUCAGAUUGUGGUUAACAAGACGUCAGUGGUGUGCUUUUUGUCAGACAGAGUUUGACUGUUGUGAAAGCCUUGUGCCAGUUUAUUCUGAUGUUUUGUCAGUUUUAUGUUCUCGUAUUAGCUUGUAAUGGUAUCAUUCCUCCUACACAACUAAAGCUGUAUUUAUUCUCAGCAUACCACAUGAAAACCCAUCCAUAUUUUUUACCAAAGCAACUGUAAACCAUCCUCAAAAUGUUGUUAAAAACAAUUACAAAUUGCUAAUGUGUUUCCAAAACCUGAUUUGAUUCGCUUUCUGAUUCAAACCAAGACCUUGUCCAUCACCGCUGUUCUGACUUUCUCUCUCCAUACCAUCUCCUUUCAACUUCUCCUAUCCCCUGCCGAAGAUCUUUGUAUGCAUUCCUCAUUUGUUUUCCACCCCUCCCUGCCACUUCCAUGCCACUUGGCCUCUUUGGCAAGUAGCCUAGCGCUUAAUUGCGUUGGGCUAGUAACCAAAAGGUUGCUGGUUCGAAUCUCUGAGCCAGCAAUGUGGAAAAAUCAGCCAUUCUACCCUUGAGCAAGGCAGUUAACCCCCAACGACAACUGCUGCCUUUCUCUCUUACACACCCGUUUCUCUACGUGCUCUCAUCCCUCACCAUUUUGUUCAUUUAGAGUUUUUAAACUCCAAGAGAGAAUCCAUAUUUUAUGAACAACACUGUGUCUGGGAGACAUUUGGCAAGAACAAGGGGGAAAACCAGGAGUGGUAGGGAAAGAAUGAGAGAGUGAGGAACCAUAACAAAAUAAUUUAAUAUUGAGAACGGUGCUAUUCCCUCCACUCUCUUUCCCAGCUGUACCUACUUACAGCCUGAGCUCAAUAAAAGGUUCCCUGCCCCCUCUUCCCUGGACUCGGCCCGCACCCAGUUACAAAGGGUAAAAUGACUGCCUCUGAUUUGUGUGGAGACGCUUGUAGCUGCUCUCCGACUCUCCCACACACCUCUGAACUGGACAGCCGAAACAAAAUACAGUCACACUUACAUUAACACAUACUUGGGAUUAUGUAUUCUUCGAAAAUAAUGGAUUGAACAGUGCAGGGUCUCUCGUGCACUUCCUGAGG